AUGGAAAAGGGGGCAUCGGAGGUCGAGAGCCACUUUGAGUUUGACUUCUGUGAUCGUGGCAAUUGGGGCAUCGUCAUCCAUUGUUGGUGUUUGGGCUUCGUAUCUGGAGGCUUCAGUGCCUUCCUCAUGGGCGUGGUUGCAGGCUAUCUGCACGUCCCCAGUGACAUCAUCCGAGGUUUGCAGAACAUGUCCUCCCUUCCGAAUGUCUUGUCAGUCUUCAUGGGUGUCGUCUCAGACUCCCGCCCGAUCUUCGGAUAUCGCCGCAGGCCCUACAUGGUGCUGGGCUGGCUUAUCACCACAAUUGCCUAUUCCACUAUGGCUUGCAUGGGGCUUCCUGAACCCUACUUCUGUACGGGACCAGAUGGCGGGUAUCUUUACGAUCGAUUGCCCUGCAACCCAGAUGCUGAUUAUUUCUACGUGCCCUUGGCGAUCUGUCUCUUUUCCGCGAACAUCGGCCUAUCGGUGAGUGGAGCUGCGGGUCGUGGUCUGAUAGUCGAGUAUGCAAAGGCUGAAGAGGAGGAGCGCCGCGGCCGAACGCAGACCAUGCUUGAGAUGGUCACUUUGGCCGGGUCUUUUUCGUCGCUGAUGCUGGCCGGUUUCGGCUUCAAUGGCCGGCUGUUCAACGGCUCCUGGGACCAGCGCCACCAGCUCGGAUACAGACAAUACUGUUCCAUUUACGCCGUGGUCGGCAUAAUUGCAGGCUUGUCCUGCAUCCGCCAUGUUCGCGAAGGACAAGGACGACGUGUCUCGAUGCGGCAGUACUUCCAUACUGCAUGGAGCCUCUUUCAGAGCAAGGCGGUGGCCGGUGUUGGGCUCUUCUACUUCGUAAGGGGUGUCUUCGCGACCGUCUUCACCACAGCGCACAUGUGGGUCAUGAUGGAGUGGGCCGGCGUGAAGAGCUUGCAAAUGCAGUUGGUCUCCAUGCUUGGGGUCUGCGCAUCCUUGUUCGGCAGCUGGCUCUUGCAGAAGUACAUGCUGAAUGUCAGCUGGCGGAAAAUCAUGGUGGUCGCCACGGUCGUUGGGGUAGCUUUGGAUGCUUUUCCGACGUUUCUGACCAUCUUUGGCGUGGUGCGAAACCAGUAUUUCUUCCUAGGUGAGGCAAUCGUCAGCGCUGUGCCGGAGUCCAUGGCAGUCCUUGUCAGCAGCUUCAUUGUGAACGAGUUGGCCGACAGCACCAAUUGUGGCCUAAUGGCAGGGCUCUUCACGACCAUCAGCAACGUGGCAAAUCCGUUGGGCUUGCUACUGGGGAACCAGAUUUUCGGGUUGUUCCAACCAGCGCUUUACGAUCGAGACAACUUCGUGGAAGAUACGCCGGCCUUCCGCCGGACGGUGGCUUUCUCUUACGGCCUGACCUACGCCUUCAUCCUUGCGCCACUCUUGGUCCUGCGCUUGCUUCCGAGCCAAAAGAGCCACGCUCAGAGGCGCAAGCGUGAAUGGAGACACAGGUGUUACUACGCGCUGCUGGCAGCGAUUGUGUUGAGCAUGUCGCUCCUGUACACCUUGGUGGGUGACGUCUUCGACAUGGACCCCGUCCUGGCUUGCCACAGGUUCGUGGGUGGUGGGGGCUGCAACUAG